AUGGCUGACAACGGAAGCGAAGCACCAGCUGCUGGUGAUUCAACAGCUGAGUACAUAAAACUCAAAGUAGUGGGACAGGAUUCGAAUGAGGUCCAUUUCCGUGUAAAGAACGGUACUGCAAUGGGCAAAUUGAAGAAGUCCUAUGCCGAUCGUACCGGGGUGGCCGUUUCGUCUUUACGCUUUUUGUUCGAUGGUCGUCGGAUUAAUGACGACGAUACGCCGAAAACGCUUGAGAUGGAGGAGGAUGACGUGAUUGAGGUAAUUUCUUCGUGCAGGGUAGUUUUUUUGGAUGUAGAAGCGGAUUUUAUUAAUUCUUUACUGAAUGAAUGA